CUGGCCACUCACCGUGUCAUUUCCCUCCCAUUAGCAGGUCAUCAGUGUGCCAGUCCUGCAGUUUUAGCUCCUUAACGAGAUAGGGCAGUGGUUAUCUUACCUCACUAACCUGGCAAACAGUAUGGUGCAUCAAGUUGGGUUGGGGCUUUGUCCUCCAUCUCAUCAAUCCUGGCGUCUCAACAAUCUUGCACUCAGCCUUCGAAACAAAUUCCUGCAGGGGGGCAUCAUGUCAGACCUUGAUGGGGCCAUUGUGCACCAUCGGGCUGCGCUGGAGCUCCUCCCUCCGUGUCAUUCUAAUCGUUCCAUAUUUCUCAACAAUCUUGCACUCAGCCUUCGAGACAAAUUCCUGCAGCGUGGAAUUAUGUCUGACCUUGAUGAGGCCAUUGAGCUCCAUCGGGCCGCAUUACUCCGCCGUCCCCCCAGUCAUUCAGAUCGAUCCUCGUCUCUGAACAAUCUUGCUGCCAGCCUUCAAGACAGAUUCCAGCAGCGUGGAAACAUGUCUGACCUUGAUGAGGCUAUUGAGCUUCAUCGGGCUGCGCUACUCCUCCGUCCCCCCGGUCAUUUAGAUCGAUCCUCGUCUUUGAAUAAUCUUGCUGCCAGCCUUCGAGACAGAUUCCUGCAACGUGGAAUCAUGUCUGACCUUGAUGAGGUCAUCGACCUCCAUCGGGCCGCAUUACUCCUCCGACCCCCCGGUCAUUCAGAUCGGUCCUCGUCUCUGAACAAUCUUGCUGCCAGCCUUCACGACAGAUUCCUGCAGCGUGGAAACAUGUCUGACAUUGAUGAGGCCAUCGACCUCCAUUGGGCUGCAUUGCUCCUCCGUUCCCCCGGUCAUUUAGAUCGUUCCUCGUCUCUGAACAAUCUUGCCGCCAGCCUUCGAGACAGAUUCCUGCAACGUGGAAUCAUGUCUGACCUUGAUGAGGCCAUCGACUUCCAUCGGGCUGCAUUACUCCUCCGUUCCCCCGGUCAUUCAGAUCGAUCCUUGUCUCUGAACAAUCUUGCACUCAGCCUUCGAGACAGAUUCCUGGAGCGUGGAAACAUGUCUGACAUUGAUGAGGCCGUUGAGCUCCAUCGGGCUGCGCUGGAGCUCCUGCCCCCGUGUCAUUCCAAUCGAUCCAUGUUUCUCAACAAUCUUGCUGCCAGCCUUCGCGACAGAUUCCAGCGGCGGGGCAUCAUGUCUGACCUCGAUGAGGCCAUCGAGCUCCAUCGGGCUGCGCUGGAGCUCCUCCCCCCGUGUCAUUCCAAUCGAUCCAUGUUUCUCAACAAUCUUGCUGCCAGCCUUCACGACAGAUUCAAGCAGGGUGGAAUCAUAUCUGACCCUGACGAGGCCAUUGAGAUCCACCGGGCUGCGCUGGAGCUCCUCCCCUCGUGUCAUUCUAAUCGAUCCAUGUUUCUCAACAAUCUUGCUGCCAGCCUUCACGACAGAUUCCUGCAGCGUGGAAACAUGUCUGACAUUGAUGAGGCCAUUGAGCUCCAUCGGGCUGCGCUGGAGCUCCUCCCCCCGUGUCAUUCCAAUCGAUCCAUGUUUCUCAACCAUCUUGCUGCCAGCAUUCACGACAGAUUCCAGCGGCGGGGCAUCAUGUCUGACCUCCAUGAGGCCAUCGAACUCCAUUGGGCUGCGCUGGAGCUCCUCCCCUCGUGUCAUUCAGAUCGAUCCAUGUUUCUCAACAAUCUUGCUGCCAGCAUUCACGACAGAUUCAAGCAGCAGAGAAUCAUGUCUGAUCUUGAUGAAGUCAUCGAGCUCCAUCGGGCUGCAUUACUCCUCCGUCUCCCCGGUCAUUCAGAUCGAUCCUCGUCUCUCAGCAAUCUUGCAACCAGCCUUCAAGACAGAUUCUUGCAGUGUGGCAUUGUGUCUGACCUUGAUGAGGCCAUCGAGCUCCAUCGGGCUGCGCUAGAGCUCCUCCCCUCGUGUCAUUCAGAUCGAUCCAUGUUUCUCAACAAUCUUGCUGCCAGCCUUCACGACAGAUUCAAGCAGCAGGGAAUCAUGUCUGAUCUUGAUGAAGUCAUCGUGCUCUAUCGGGCCGCAUUACUCCUCCGUCCCCCCGGUCAUUCAGAUCGAUCCUCGUCUCUCAGCAAUCUUGCUACCAGCCUUCAAGACAGAUUCUUGCAGUGUGGCAUCAUGUCUAACCUCGAUGAGGUCAUCGAGUUCCAUCGGGCUGUGCUGGAGCUCCUCCCCCCGUGUCAUUCCAAUCGAUACACCUUUCUCGACCAUCUUGCUGCCAACCUUCACGACAGAUUCCAGCGGCGGGGCAUCAUGUCUGACCUCGAUGAGGUCAUUGAGCUCCAUCGGGCUGCGCUGGAGCUCCUCCCCUCGUGUCAUUCAGAUCGAUCCAUGUUUCUCAACAAUCUUGCUGCCAGCAUUCACGACAGAUUCAAGCAGCAGGGAAUCAUGUCUGAUCUUGAUGAAGUCAUCGAGCUCCAUCGGGCUGCAUUACUCCUCCGUCCCCCCGGUCAUUCAGAUCGAUCCUCGUCUCUCAGCAAUCUUGCAACCAGCCUUCAAGACAGAUUCUUGCAGUGUGGCAUUGUGUCUGACCUUGAUGAGGCCAUCGAGCUCCAUCGGGCUGCGCUGGAGCUCCUCCCCCUGUGUCAUCCUAAUCGAUCCAUGUUUCUUGACAAUCUUGCCCUCAGCCUUCGAGACAGAUUCCAGCAGCGGGGUGUCCAGCCUGAUCUUGAUGAAGUAUUUAGCUUGUGUUCUCAACUCCCCCACCUAUCACAUGCAGCAUCUCGGACAGAUCUUAAUGUUGCCAAGUCAUGGGCAGCCUCCGCCCACAUCCUCAACCACGAAUCUGCAUUGCUUGCCUAUAAGACUGCACUGAAAUUCCUAGAUCAGCGAGUUGCUCUCUUGUCAUCUUCUUCCCAUCAUCUCGACGUCAUCGAGGAGGCUGUUUCCUCCCUUGCCAUGGAUGCUUUUUCAUGCAGUGUUCGUCAUGAUGCCCUGACGACUGCUGUGGAGCUGGUGGAACAAGGUCGUGCAGUGUUCUGGACCCAGUUAGCACACUUCAGCACACCACUCGAUGAACUUUCUGCUUCAGGUGACAUCGGCACUGCCUUGGCGGAAGAGUUCAAACGGUUGAGCUUUCGCGUUCGUAACACGUUCGAUCAGUCUACCGAUGACCAGUCUCCGCAAACCCAGCAACUGACAAUGCAAUGGGCUGACGUCGUCACGCGCAUUCGCAUGCUUCGUGGCUUUUCACGUUUUCUCCUACCUCCCCUGUUCUCCGACCUACAGAAAGCAGCAGAAGAUGGUCCAGUCAUUAUUCUUAAUGCAAGCCAAUAUAGCUGUGACGCCUUGAUUAUUCAUAGCACGGGAGAUCCUAUCCAUGCUCCGCUUGACAUUACACAAGCUGCAGUAUCCAAGUUAUCUUCCGAGUUCCAGUCACUCGCAGAGCAAUUUGGUUCUUCUGAUUAUCGAGACGAACUCAUCAGCAUCUUGCGCAAACUGUGGGUUGUUAUUGUUGGCCCUGUGGUCCAAGUUCUUAGGGAGACUAAAGUUAACCCUGGCUCGCGCAUCUGGUGGUGUCCCACUGCCGAGUUCACGCUACUUCCCCUCCAUGCAGCAGGACCCUACAAAAAGAAGAAACAGAAUUUGUCUGAUAUCUACAUCUCCUCUUACACACCCACUUUGGCGACGCUCGUUCGUGCCAGACAGCGGGCUUCUCGAGAUGCGUCCCCGCAACAUUUUGUUGCCAUUGGUCAAGGAAACCCGGUCAGAGGGAGGGAGCUCAAAUAUGUCGCUCCCGAGCUAGCCAUCGUAGCUGAGUGUCUCGAACCCAUCGUGUCGUCCUUCACAUCGCUUGAGGACAGCGACGCAACAGUGCAGGGUGUACUCGAUGCACUAAAUCAUAAUCAAUGGCUCCAUCUCGCCUGCCAUGGAAUGCCAAAUCAGACUCAACCAUUCGAAUCUUCCUUCGCCAUGCGCGACGGGCCAUUGAUGAUCAAGGACAUCAUCCGAUCAGACUGGCAGAAUCUGGAGUUUGCGUUCUUAUCAACUUGCCACACUGCUGUGGGCGAUGAGAACAGUCCUCAUGAGUCGAUCCAUCCUGCUGCGGCCAUGCAAUUCUCCGGAUUUCGCAGUGUCAUAGGUUCCAUGUGGUCUGUCGAUGACGAUGUUGCGCGCCAGGUUGUAUCUGCCUUUUAUGGCCACCUGGUUGAUAGUUCAGGGAGAUUGGACUGCACACGGGCUGCGGUAGCGUUGCACACGGCCAUGAAAUCGUUGCGCAAGAAGAUUCCAUUAGAACAGCAAUUUGUAUUUGUUCAUAUAGGUGUGUAGUUAGACGCAAUUCGCCAUAUUUCUAGUUGUUUUCGUUCCCUCGCUCUUCUGUUGGUAUAGCAUUUCCACAUGAUACUUUGUUGUUCUGUUCUGUACUAGUGCUACACACCGUCACGCCGUUGAAGCUUCAAGUUUAUCUGAUACAAGGACUCCCCUUCGGUCGGCUCCAUGACAAUACAUUGUGUUUACAGUAGCAAGACUCUGCUUCGGUCGGUUGUAUACAACAAUACUUUACAGUAGUAACGCAGGAGAUACAAUAUUAGCACAGUCUUGUCCUUCGUUCGCCUCUGCGAAUA